CCCAGAGCAGACCCGGAUUUCGCUCUUGCGGUCGCUGGGGUUUUAGCAUUGGCUGAUCAGUUCGAUCCGAUCCGGCUGCGAAGGCGAGAUGGCGUUCGCGGUUUCUGGGGCGGUGCUCGGUGGGGCCGUAAGGGCUCCCCGACUCACCGGCGGCGGGGAGGGUAGUCUAGUCUUCCGGCACACCGGCCUCUUCUUAACUCGGGGUGCUCGAGUUGGAUGUUCGGGGACGCACGGGGCCAUGCGCGCGGCGGCCGCGGCCAGGAAGGCGGUCAUGGUUCCUGAGGGCGAGAAUGAUGGCCUCGCAUCAAGGGCUGACUCGGCUCAAUUCCAGUCGGAUGAACUGGAGGUACCAGACAUUUCUGAAGAGACAACGUGCGGUGCUGGUGUGGCUGAUGCUCAAGCCUUGAACAGAGUUCGAGUGGUCCCCCCACCAAGCGAUGGACAAAAAAUAUUCCAGAUUGACCCCAUGUUGCAAGGCUAUAAGUACCAUCUUGAGUAUCGGUACAGCCUCUAUAGAAGAAUCCGUUCAGACAUUGAUGAACAUGAAGGAGGCUUGGAAGCCUUCUCCCGUAGUUAUGAGAAGUUUGGAUUUAAUCGCAGCGCGGAAGGUAUCACAUAUCGAGAAUGGGCUCCUGGAGCAUUUUCUGCAGCAUUGGUGGGUGACUUCAACAACUGGGAUCCAAAUGCAGAUCGUAUGAGCAAAAAUGAGUUUGGUGUUUGGGAAAUUUUUCUGCCUAACAAUGCAGAUGGUACAUCACCUAUUCCUCAUGGAUCUCGUGUAAAGGUGAGAAUGGAUACUCCAUCAGGGAUAAAGGAUUCAAUUCCAGCCUGGAUCAAGUACUCAGUGCAGGCCCCAGGAGAAAUACCAUAUGAUGGGAUUUAUUAUGAUCCUCCUGAAGAGGUAAAGUAUGUGUUCAGGCAUGCGCAACCUAAACGACCAAAAUCAUUGCGGAUAUAUGAAACACAUGUCGGAAUGAGUAGCCCGGAACCGAAGAUAAACACAUAUGUAAACUUUAGGGAUGAAGUCCUCCCAAGAAUAAAAAAACUUGGAUACAAUGCAGUGCAAAUAAUGGCAAUCCAAGAGCACUCAUAUUAUGGAAGCUUUGGAUACCAUGUAACUAAUUUUUUUGCGCCAAGUAGUCGUUUUGGUACCCCAGAAGAAUUGAAGUCUUUGAUUGAUAGAGCACAUGAGCUUGGUUUGCUAGUUCUCAUGGAUGUGGUUCAUAGUCAUGCGUCAAGUAAUACUCUGGAUGGGUUGAAUGGUUUUGAUGGUACAGAUACACAUUACUUUCACAGUGGUCCACGUGGCCAUCACUGGAUGUGGGAUUCUCGCCUAUUUAACUAUGGGAACUGGGAAGUUUUAAGAUUUCUUCUCUCCAAUGCUAGAUGGUGGCUCGAGGAAUAUAAGUUUGAUGGUUUCCGUUUUGAUGGUGUGACCUCCAUGAUGUACACUCAUCACGGAUUACAAGUAACAUUUACGGGGAACUUCAAUGAGUAUUUUGGCUUUGCCACCGAUGUAGAUGCAGUGGUUUACUUGAUGCUGGUAAAUGAUCUAAUUCAUGGACUUUAUCCUGAGGCUGUAACCAUUGGUGAAGAUGUUAGUGGAAUGCCUACAUUUGCCCUUCCUGUUCACGAUGGUGGGGUAGGUUUUGACUAUCGGAUGCAUAUGGCUGUGGCUGACAAAUGGAUUGACCUUCUCAAGCAAAGUGAUGAAACUUGGAAGAUGGGUGAUAUUGUGCACACACUGACAAAUAGGAGGUGGUUAGAGAAGUGUGUAACUUAUGCUGAAAGUCAUGAUCAAGCAUUAGUCGGCGACAAGACUAUUGCGUUUUGGUUGAUGGACAAGGAUAUGUAUGAUUUCAUGGCCCUCGAUAGACCUUCAACUCCUACCAUUGAUCGUGGGAUAGCAUUACAUAAGAUGAUUAGACUUAUCACAAUGGGUUUAGGAGGAGAGGGCUAUCUUAAUUUCAUGGGAAAUGAGUUUGGACAUCCUGAAUGGAUAGAUUUUCCAAGAGGUCCGCAAAGACUUCCAAGUGGUAAGUUUAUUCCAGGGAAUAACAACAGUUAUGACAAAUGUCGUCGAAGAUUUGACCUGGGUGAUGCAGACUAUCUUAGGUAUCAUGGUAUGCAAGAGUUUGAUCAGGCAAUGCAACAUCUUGAGCAAAAAUAUGAAUUCAUGACAUCUGAUCACCAGUAUAUUUCCCGGAAACAUGAGGAGGAUAAGGUGAUUGUGUUCGAAAAGGGAGAUUUGGUAUUUGUGUUCAACUUCCACUGCAACAACAGCUAUUUUGACUACCGUAUUGGUUGUCGAAAGCCUGGGGUGUAUAAGGUGGUCUUGGACUCCGACGCUGGACUAUUUGGUGGAUUUAGCAGGAUCCAUCACGCAGCCGAGCACUUCACCGCCGACUGUUCGCAUGAUAAUAGGCCAUAUUCAUUCUCGGUUUAUACACCAAGCAGAACAUGUGUCGUCUAUGCUCCAGUGGAGUGAUAGCGGGGUACUCGUUGCUGCGCGGCAUGUGUGGGGCUGUCGAUGUGAGGAAAAACCUUCUUCCAAAACCGGCAGAUGCAUGCAUGCAUGCUACAAUAAGGUUCUGAUACUUUAAUCGAUGCUGGAAAGCCCAUGCAUCUCGCUGCGUUGUCCUCUCUAUAUAUUUAAGACCUUCAAGGUGUCAAUUAAACAUAGAGUUUUCGUUUUUCGCUUUCCUAA